AUGUCCGAGUGUUAUUACGACUACCACUCCGCGGCCCAACAUACUGACGCCACACCCCACAUCAACAUUGGGCGCGAGUUCCAGGCCCGCGUCAAAAAGUGGGCCGACCGGGAGAUCACCGACGAGGAGAGGGAGGCCAUCGAGGAACGCGAUGAGAUGGUUUUCGAUUCGACGCUCAUCGACCACCUAUCCCCGGAGCAAUUAAACGCGUACGAACUGCUCUCCUGCAGCCAAGCUGUGCCGAGGCCCGGUAGGAAUAAGGAAUUGGCCCUGCAACUCCUGAUGGAAAACAAGGGAAAUCUCGAGGCGGCCGUGAUGGAUUUUGUUACGUACAAACGCAAAAAAAUUUUAACGGCCAGUACCAGGAGUUUUAACUUCGCGAUCCGAAAUAGCCGCUCGGACACGCUGGACUGGGAGCAGUACCGUAGCAUCUACGACUCGUACUAUCCGGAUACGACACCGUGGAGUGCGGAAGAAAUUCUCUCGUUCCAAGAUGCGCUUUAUAAGACGGAAAAAGAUUUCCACCAAGUGGCGCAGGAGCUAACCAACAAAACGGUCCGUGAAUGCGUCGAAUUCUACUACACCUGGAAAAAAGCGUGCCCCGACGACUAUCGGAAACUACGGAAUUUGCGUCGAAAACGCCAGCUCUUGGAGAUUCAUCAGCAGAUGGAAACCGAGCGGGACCCAUGCCCGAUACCGGCAAAACAGAGGAAACUCUCGGAAGAUGAUACUGAGGGUGGAUCCGAGCAAAAUUCCUUCAUGCAACAAUCCCCAAGCAGCUCGAUGACGCCGAUCCGGAAAACGUCCGAUCUGGCGGCUCCGCAUGUCCCGAUGCAGCAAAUGCACAGCCCCUCGAUUCCCCAUCAUCACCACCCGGGUUCCAGCAAGCAGCCGAACACGCAGCCCUCAGCCCGACACGGUUCCGUGUCGUCCGGCUCGAAGAAGGGCGCCCAACCCUCAGCAGACGGCUUCUUCCACUGCCGGCUGUGUGACAAGUGCUUCGAGAAGGUAAAAUCGCUGAACGCCCACAUGAAGAGCCAUGCCAUGAAGGCGAGGGCAGAAGCCGAGGCUCAGGCCCAAGUACAGGCGCAGGCCGCCAGCAGCCCGCUGAAUUUGAAUGCGAUCGCCGCCCAGAAUCUGGCGACGCAGGCGAUCGAGCAGCAGCUCGGCUUCAACCCUGCGGCUUUUCAGCCCGGCGCCCUGAAUUUGCCCUUCUCGUCGAUUAUUCAU